UAGGGUUUUUGAGGUUUGGUUUCUAGGGUUCUUGAGCCGCAGGAAGAAGGGAGGCGGCGAUGACGACGAGAUUCAAGAAGAGCAGGAAGAAGAGGGGCCAUGUCAGUCACGGGCAUGGGCGCAUCGGCAAGCACCGCAAGCAUCCGGGAGGGCGCGGUAACGCGGGAGGCCUCCACCAUCACCGGAUCCUCUUCGACAAGUAUCAUCCGGGCUACUUCGGCAAGGUAGGAAUGCGCUACUUCCAUCUCAACAGGAACAAGUACUACCGCCCGACGGUGAAUGUGGAGAAGCUGUGGUCGCUGGUGCCCGAGGACGUCAAGGCCCAGGUGAAGAAGGGGGGCAAGGAGGCGCCGCUGAUCGAUGUGACCGAGCACGGCUUCUUCAAGGUGCUGGGCAAGGGUCGCGUCUCGGGCGACUUCCCCAUCGUCGUCAAGACCAAGUUCAUCUCCAAGCACGCCGAGAAGAAGAUCAAGAAGUGCGGCGGUGCCGUCGUGCUCACGGCGUGAUUGGGUCGAUCGAUCGAUCGCGCUCUCGGGGUUUCUCGAGGCGUGGAUGGAUCAAUUCGAUUGUUUCUUUUCUUUCUUGUGUUACGAAUUUUGACAAUACAAAGACCCUUGAGCUCAA